AAGUGUGUGUGUGUGUGUGUGUGUGUGUGUGUGUGUGUGUGUGUGUGUGUUUUCUCUCCUCUCUGCAUCUCUUAUGGGAUCCUCGAAGGCAAAAGGACGUUGAAGGUAAUAUGGAGUUCCACAGAGCUGCAGAGAUCAACACUCAGUGGAAACCUCCGCUAGACUACAGCACAUCUACAUCUACAUCUACAUCUACAGCCAAGUGUGUCACUCAACAGGUAUCAGACUGCAGCUCUCACACAGAGGCCACCGACUCAGACGGGUUUCUGUCCAAACCUGAAGUGGAGAGUGAGGAGUUUUCCAGUUCAGAAACCAGCAACCAGCCGGAUUUGAGGAGCGCUCAUGCCUCCUACUCCAGAUUAAAUAUUUACUCCUCAGAAGACAGCGAUGAAGACGUCUGUGCCUCCAGGCUGAGGAAGACUAAGAGCAUCUUGGACGACUUGUUUACUGACGAGUCGAACGACUCGGCGUCAGACAGCGGAGAGGAUCUUCCUUCAAAGCCCGGAGACGAGAGCGAGGAGAGCGGCUCGGACAUCAGCGAGCGCCCUCGACCGAGCGCCAGUACUCACCGGAGGUCAAAGGUCGACCGCGUGGCUGUAAACAAGACGGAGAAAACGGAGGACGGGAGGAGGGUGUAUAAUAAAAAGCACUACUGCUUGUUUUGCUCGAAACCUUUCAGUAAAAUCGCGAGACAUUUGGAGGACGUUCACUCGAAAGAAGAGGAAGUCUCGAAAGCGUGCAGUUUCCCAAAAGGCUCCAAACAGAGGAGGAUUUAUCUGGACGAGCUCCGUCUCAGAGGGAAUUACAUCCACAACAUCGCCGUGCUGAAGUCUGGGAAAGGCGACUUGAUCCCGUAUAAACGGCCGCGAGGGGAAAUGAAAGCGAGCGACUUCAUGCACUGCCCUCACUGUCAGGGCUUAUUCACCAAAAAGGUCCUGUGGAGGCACAUGAAGGUGUGCAAGCUGAGUCCUAAAGAUUACGUCCCCAAACCCGGGAAGAACCGAACGCUGUCUCUGUGCGCAGCCACGCAGCCGGUGCCCCGGAACAUCAGCCCCGAGCUGUGGAAGAUCUUAAGCGUCAUGGUCUCGGACGAAAUCACGGAAGCCGUGAAGAACGACUGCUGCGUCAUCCAGAUGGCGGAACACUGGCUCCGGAAGAGCGGAGAGUCUCCAAACGGUCAGUGCUUCAUCCGGCAGAAGUUACGGGAAUUAGGGAAGCUGCUGCUCAGCGGCCGCAAAGUGACGUCUCUCAGGAAACUGGAGGACUUUAUAGACCCGUACAACUGCAUGCAGGCGGUGGAAGCCGUGCGACACGCAUGCGAGUAUAACAGCGAGAAGAACACCUACAAAAUUCCCUCGCUCGCUAAAAAGCUGGCCAUUUGUCUGGCGCAGCUCAGUCGCCUCAUACGGACUAAAGUGGUGAUGCCGAAAAACGUGAAACUGGCUCGGAAACUGCAGAACUUCCAAAAAAUCCACGAGGAACGCUGGAACGAUUUGCUGUGUGCGACGGUGCUGAGGAACUCCGAAGACGAGGAGGUGAAAUUCAAACCUCCGACGCUGUUGGCUUUCACAGAAGAUGUUCAGAAGCUCCACGGCUUCCUGGACAAAGCGCAGGACGAGUUCAUGGCGCUGUUGUCCGCAGAGUCCUCCACGAAACACUGGUCAGAUUUAGCCAAGGUCACGCUGACGCAGAUCAUCCUGUUCAACCGGAGUCGCGAGAACGAAGUGGUGAGCAUGACGCUGGACACGUUUUUAUCUCGAGAUAACUCCGAUCCUGCCACAGACAUCGACUGGGCUCUGACCGAGGUGGAGAAACAGCUCUGCCGCCAUUUUUACAAAAUCGUCAUCCGGCGAGACGGAGCGCGUCCCAUCCCCAUCCUGCUCACGCUGAAAAUGCUACGUGCUCUACAGCUGCUGGUGGAGAAACGAGAAUCCUGCAGCGUGAUGAAGGACAACACCUACGUAUUCGCUCGGCCCUCGGCCUCGUCUCAUUUCAGAUGCUCCGACUGCGUUCGAGGCUUCGCCUUGAUUUGCGGAGCGAAGGAUCCUCAGGCGCUGACGUGUUGGAAGUUACGGAAGCGAAUGGCCACGUUGUCCACCGUGCUGAAUCUCGGAGAUCCGGAAAUCAACCAGUUAGCAAGCUUUCUCGGACACGAGCUGAUCAUCCAGGAUGAGUUUUAUCCCCUGCAUGAAAGGACACUACAGCUAGCAAAAGUGCACAAAGUGCUAACGGCCAUGGAGCAGGGACGAAUGAUGGAGUUCAUGGGCAAGAACUUCUCAGAUAUCGACGUUCAAGCUGACGAGAAGGUUGAUCUGAGCAGUGAUAAAGUGAAGAAGAGCUGCGAGUGUUCAGGCGUGUUUCCAGGCAUGUAUCCGGGGAAAAAAGGACCUCAGAAAAAGAGGAAAACGUGGAGCGGGCCUGAGAUCCAGGCUGUGGAAAAGCACAUGAAGGAUUACAUCACUUCCUGUCGAGUCCCAGGCAAAGCGGCGUGCGAGAACUGCAUCAGCGCCGAACCUUUAACGCUCAAAAAGAGAGACUGGCAGAGCGUCAAGUUCUACAUCUACAACCGCAUCAUGGCUCAGAAGAGAGACUCCAGCCACAAAGUCUGAGGAGUUUUAAAUGUCUUAAUAAAAACACUAUGCUGUUAGUUUCAAAACGCAGCAUUAAAAACGUGCUCACUGCUUAAAGGUGUGUGUUACGUUAUCACAAGGGGCGUGGCUUACAGGAGCUGGGGGAAAAACUCACUUAGCUGCAGCUCAGCGUCUGUAGCUACAAGACUGAUCUUUCUAAUGAACAUCAGAACAUCUACAUUAGUUAUUCUGUGAGGAAUGUUGUACUCCACGCUCACUCUAGGGGGCGACGUGUCUCACGUGAUGCUUGUGGCUUGUCUCUUGUGGGUGUGGCCUGACCACUGUAAAUCUUCACUAACGCUAGCUAAUGAAACAGACCCAGCGGAGACCCAGUGAUCACAGCUCAGAGUCUCUCCAUCAGCUCCAGUCCACAUCCUCUCACUUUAGUCUCAACUACAGUCACUUUUACUUCUAAUCCUAUGACUUUAAAGCACUUCUCCUGACCAAUCAGGUCACACACACACACACACACACACACACACACAAGGCCAGGAUGUUGGUGAGCGACGUGUUAAACAGUAAAUUCUGGUGUUCUGUUAAAAACAUAACGUCUUCAGACGAUCUGCUCCUCGUCUGUAUCUGUUCACGUGUCAUCUGCACAUUAAUCUCAUCUACAGAGCAGGUUUGGGUCUACAGUUCUGUGUGAUAGCUGCAUCACGCAUUUACGUUGUCAUGGUAACAGCGUGGAAGCAGCCAAUCGAAAUUCAGUGUUUAUCGCCACUGUAGCGCUCACUGUGUGUGGCGUCGUGUCCCAUUAUUAUUAUUGUUAUUAUUAUUAUUAUUGUUAUUAUUAUUAUUAUUAUUAUUAUUAUUAUUAUCAGCAGCAGCAUCAGUUCGUCUCAUCAAUCCACAGACCUGUACGUUUAUAAUCCCGUCUUUUCUUUUUCCCAGUUGACUCUUUUUCCCAGCUGACUCUUUUUCCCAACUGACUCUUUUUCCCAGCUGACUCUUUUUCCCAGCUGACUCUUUUUCCCAACUGACUCUUUUUCCCAGCUGACUCUUUUUCCCAGCUGACUCUUUUUCCCAGUUGACUCUUUUUCCCAGUUGACUCUUUUUCCCAACUGACUCUUUUUCCCAGCUUACUCUUUUUCCCAGUUGACUCUUUUUCCCAGUUGACUCUUUUUCCCAGCUGACUCUUUUUCCCAGCUGACUCUUUUUCCCAGCUGACACUCUUUCCCAGCUGACUCUUUUUCCCAGUUGACUCUUUUUCCCAACUGACUCUUUUUCCCAGCUGACUCUUUUUCCCAACUGACUCUUUUUCCCAGCUGACUCUUUUUCCCAGUUGACUCUUUUUCCCAGUUGACUCUUUCACGCAGCUCAACUUGUUUUUUUAAAGUUUGUACAGUGUUGUGUGACAUCAUGAAGGUGUAAACGUUCACCUGUCUGUCAGAUUUGUGUCUGUAAUAGAGCUGUAGCUGUACAUUCGGAUGUAAUGAAGCUUUUUUAACACGUUCUGAUGGUAUUAUCACACACACACACACACACACACACACACACCGUUGUUACAGCUACACUGCAUGACUUCUGUCUCUUUAUGUAACACCAAAACUUUACACUAUUUCAUAAUAAAUACAAUUAACACUCUC